AUGCAAGCUAUGGAGGAACUUGAAAAGUUGGCUAAAAAACUUGAUGAAAUUGAUGAUAAAUUUAAAACAGAAGAUCGUUCAGAUCCAUCAUGGAACAUACGUGUUCAGAAAAAAGAUCUUAUCGUAGAACAGAUGCAUGAACUUUUUCCGAUAGUUCCAGAUUCCUUCCCAUUAUCACGUUAUCUUCUUUCAUCAUCAUUUGGUCAUCAAGUAGUAGCUGUUAUGUGGAUUGAAUUUAAAAAAGAUCCGUUUCAUUUAAAUAUUCUUUGUUAUAUGUUACUCAAUGCAUCAUCAAAUUUUUUAACAUGUCAUAUCCUUCCUGUAUUAUCAAAUAUUAUGAAUCAAUGUGAUUCGAAUCAAUUGUGCCAACUCAAACAAACACUGCUUGCGUAUUCUCCACCUCAUAAUACUUCACGAUAUGCAAUGAAAUUAAAAUUACUCGAAAAAAUCGAACCUCAAAUUGAUUUUUCGAUUUCCGAUAUAGUUAAAGAUUCAUAUUGGUGGCGAGAUGUCGAAAGUAAAUUUUUUAAUAGUCUUUCGGGUACAUCACAAUUUCGUCUUUGUGGUCUGAGAAUAAUUCGAAAUAAAAAAUUAUUUGACAACUUUAAUAAUUAUCGUGAUUAUUUAGGGGAAAAUUCUCAAAUACUGUUUGUUUAUCAUGGUUCAUCAUCUAAAUCUUUAGAAGGUAUUGCUAAAAAUGGUUUUCUAGAACCACAUAUGUUAGAUAAUGUAGCCAAUAAAAUAUCGAUACUUGAUCAAGGAUAUUUUGGUCGAGGCAUUUAUCAAGGUUUUGCUGCUGAUUAUGCAAUUCAUUAUGCUGAAAAUUAUAAAAAAUCGAAUGAAAUUUUAUUAAGUAUGGUAUUACCUGGUCGAUCGUAUAUUGUUAAAAAAGGUGGUGAAAAAUAUGGUCAAGUUUGUGAAUCUGACUUUGAUUCACAUCUAUCACCUGAAAAUAAAGAAAUUGUUUUAUUUCAAUCAAAACAAAUAUUACCAUUAUUUAUUAUUCGCUUUGAACGUAUACCAAAUGCAAACAUUGUUGAAGAACAAUGUUGA